AUGAACCGGCUAUUAAAUCUCUUCGUACCACCCGUUCUGACUACUGAAAUACACCUUGUUAAGUCCAUUGGCUUCCAUCCCCGGCCCCCGCCCCCAAGGCAUUUUCAACCAUUUCAACUCGUCUUUUCUUCUCUUAAGCUGGUUAAAUGUCUAUCUUUUGACGUGCCGCUGUUAUUAGUUUCAUCGGUACUUCCCAAAAAGAUAGGGGCGCAAGUUCUCUACCGAGUGUUUACCAAGAAUGGUGCCUUAGGCAUGAAGUUUGGCCAAUUUCUAUCAAUGCGUCCGGACUGGUUGCCUAAAGAAUCAGUUGACAUACUUACUUCUCUCCAAGCCCAAACUCCAAGUAAACAACUGCUAGAUGUGAAAUCAAUCUUCUAUCAGGAAACAGGAAUUGUUUUGUCCGAUAGUGCGAUAAAGGAAAAGAUUGGAGCAGGAUGCAUUUCUCAAGUAUAUCGAGUGGUUCUUAACAACCGCAACUACAGCCUUAAAAUCAUUGAGCCCCAAACUCGCCAUGAAGUCUUUGCCGAUCUCUUCCUUCUUAGCAAGCUCGCAACUCUAGUUGGUGCCCAGCGCAUGUUUGCUCAGUUUGAUGAGAUUCUCAGGGACCAACUCGAUCUUCGUAAAGAGAAGCACCAGGCUGAAAGGUUUCGGGCUAACUUUUCCUUCUAUCGCUCUACUUUGGAAGACAGUUCAUUCCUAAACCGGGCCAAACAGUGGCUGCGCCGGUAUGAGUUCAUUUUCCCCAAACCAAUUAUAGCUACCCAAAACAUUCUACUUACGGAGUACUGGCCAAGCACACCCCGCACUUCUCUUAACCCCGAAGCCGUUCUUUUCCUCUUCCUGAAGAUGGUCUUUAAAGACAGAUAUAUCCAUGCUGAUCUCCAUCGCGGCAAUCUAGCUGCUAUUUCAGGCCCACGCCCAACUACGGUGGUUUACGACUCUGGACUUAUUCACUCCCUGAAUCAGCGUCAAAGGCAGAACCUAGUUGAUCUACUAAAGGAAGUCUUAUUGGGCAAAACUCCACAGGCCUUAUCUCUACUUAUUGACCGCAACCCGCGUAACGCCCAUUCACCGGCUGAAAAGCAAGCCUUUGUUCGGGAUGGCUGCACUCUCUGGAAGAACAUUACUCGCCGGAAACGGGCCAUGCUGACCGCGCCCAUUGACACAUACGUGCUCGCUCGAAAACACAAUGUCUUCUUUGAUGAGUGUUAUACUAACAUUAUUCUUUCCUCAUUACACGUUCAGCAGAUCUCUUUUGGCAGCAAAUACCCUAUCAACUGGGCCAGCUUAUUCUUGCGCAGUGGUCUCUUUACUGAAUACUUAUCCUUGGUUAUGCGUUGGUAUUGGAGGUCAUUAAAGUAA